ACUUGUUUGGCUUUCUAGGGUUCUACUUCUUCUAGUUUUGUCCCAAAUUCUAAUUCUGAUAAUCAUCGUGAUUCGGAUAAUUAUCAGUUUUUGCUGGUUUGAAAUUGCGGUUUAGUUUUUCGGGCUGAAACAGAUCGGCUCUCGGUGUAUGGGACGAUAUUCGCGAUGAGCGCCAGCAGCAACGGCGGUCCCAGGUCGCCAUCAAGCCGGGAUGUCGACGCCGUUAUAGAAGAUGACCCCAUCGCCCCUUCAACCAGCGGCGGCCAUUCUACCGCAGAAGCAGCUGAAGUUUCACCUGCCGAUGAAGAUAAGCCAGUUGAAGCGAGGGUUUCGGAUGAUUCUAAUGAGUAUACGGAUUUGAAGCCAAAAGAUGCGGAUAUUGGAAUUGGCGAUGCAAGCGGAGGAGGAGAUGCGAUGAAUCAAUCUAGUUCUUCUGCUCUGAGAUUGCAAAAUUCUAAACAAUUAAAGAAGGCUAAGAAGAAGAAAGUGAAAGAUUCCGUGGAUGAUUAUGAUUCGAUGCUAUCGGAAUUUGAUCAGUUCGCAUCGAAAGGAGCAAAUGAAGCUGUUGGAUAUGGGUAUGAAAUUGGAGAUAUGGUUUGGGGAAAAGUGAAAUCACACCCAUGGUGGCCGGGACACAUUUACAACGAGGCAUUCGCCUCUCCGUCUGUUCAAAAAAGCAAGCGGGAGGGCCAUGUCUUGGUAGCAUUUUUUGGGGACAGCAGCUAUGGAUGGUAUUAUCCCGCAGAGUUAAUUCCCUUUGCAGAGAACUUUUUGGAGAAGUCUCAGCAGACUUCUUCGCGGCCAUUUGUGAAGGCUGUAGCAGAAGCUGUAGACGAGCUUUCCAGAAGACAGGCAUUGGGUUUAGCAUGCCGAUGCAGAAAUGAGUUCAAUUUCUGGCCGUCUGGUGUAGAUGACUACUUUGUUGUUGAUGCGGGGGACUUCGAACCAGUUGUUUAUUCUUUAAGUCAGAUAAAUAAGGCAAGAAGUAGUUUUCAUCCGAAUGAGAUGCUUUCGAUGAUCACACAAUUGGCAUUGAAACCUUUGGGGCCUUAUGAUCAGACCAUUGAGUUUAUUAAGAACAAGGCCACAGCCUUGGCAUGCAGGAAGGCAUUGUUUGAGGAGUUUGAUGAGACAUAUGCACAAGCCUUCGGAACAACACCAGUGCGUCCUCCCCGGCCAACUGCGCCAAUGGCCGUCAAUCCGUCUAGAGCUCCUUUGAGUGGCCGACUGGUGACUUCCGGUAAGAAGAAAUACUCUAUGGAGCCUACCAAAACAAAGGAUCAAGUUGAAAAGGACAAAUAUAUAUUUAAGCGGAGAGAUGAAGCAUUCCAUGUCAGGACCAAGAAAACAAGUUCCGGCCAAGUAGGCCCUGCUUAUCCACUUCUGUUAGAUGGAUCAGGAGUAUCGGAGACACGUAUAAACUCUGUUUCUGUAUCUGACAUCAAUGAGGGCGAGCAUCAAUCCACACACCAGCCAUACGUGGUGGGUGACAUACAACCGUUGGAAGGUUCCGCGAAACUUCUGGAAGGUAAGUCAAAAAAGCCAAAGUUACUGAAGCGGCGUGCUGGGGAAUUGAGCACUGAAAAUGCAACCCUGGUUAUGAAUAAGAAGAAGAGAAAGAAAGAAAUAAUGAAUGGGCAACCAUUGGGGGAAUUGAGAUCUGAGAAUGUAACCGUGAAUAAGAAGAGAAAGAAAGAAAUAAAAAAUGAAGCAACUUUGGAUACUGCGUUGCCCCCUGCCAACAUUGACAGUGGCGAAGCAGCGGAAAAAAUCUCAGUAAUGCCACUUGAUAUUACACCUAGUGCCACUGAUAUCCCGUUGGACAAUCAGAAGAAUGAUGGUUUAGUGGCCCUUGCCGCACCUUCGGAAGAAAGGAUAGCCAUUGACCUUGGGGAACAAGAUCUUCCAGCGGUACUGCAAGACUUGCGGGCUCUUGCCAUCAAUCCCUUUCAUGAAGAGGAGAGGAGCUGCAAAGCAACUGCCUUCCCGUUGUUCUUGAAGUAUCGCUCUGUUGUUUAUCAGAAAAGCUUGGUUUUAUUGCCACAAGAUGAGAUAGAAAAAGGUGAUGCUAACUCCAGUAAAGCACCUUCGACUGCUUUGCACCUUCCUCCUGAGGAAACUCGCGAUAAGCCGGCCAUGAAGCUCAAGAGACCUCUCCUCCGGCCUGAUGAUCCAACCAAAGGUGGUAGGAAACAUGGUCCACCCAUUCGUCCAGAUGCUAUUAAGAAAAGAAGGAAGCUUGAUGACCCAGAGGAUGCAAGCACGAGGAAGAAACUUAUUGAUUCUGAAGACAUUUCAGACAUUAAGAAGAAGAAGAAAAAGAAGAUAAUAGAUGACUCAAGAUUAUUCUCCAUGGAAAGGAAAACUCUGAAGAGGUCCAAUGAACCCCAGCGAGGGGGUGAUGUGAAGGAAAUACAUGCUAAAAAUGCUUCUCUGGCAUCUUCAAAGGCACCCAAACUAGAAUCAGGCCAGAGGAUGCAGAAGCCAGUAAGAUUGGCUGAUCCGACUAUGCUAGUCAUGAAGUUUCCCCCUGGUGCAGCUCUUCCAUCUAGUGCUCAUCUGAGAGCAAAGUUUGCUCGUUUUGGUCCUCUUGAGCAUUCAUCCACUCGAGUGUUCUGGGAGACAUACACAUGUCGCCUGGUCUAUCAGCAUAAGGUAGACGCAGAAGCUGCUCUGGAAUAUGCUCUCGCAAGCAACAAUCUGUUUGGGAGCAGGAAUGUGAAGGUCUACAUGCGGGAAGUGAGAGACAAAGCAAUGGAGGCAGAACCAAUCAAGCUUCAGAAGGAAGUCAUCUCAAAGCCAAGGGAGGCCACCCCGGCUGCUGAACAAAGGACAGCAGGUAGAAUUCCUGUGCAGUCACAGCAGCUCAAGUCGUGCCUGAAGAAGCCUUGUAGCGAAGAUGUUGGUAAUGGCAAUGGUAGAGGUACUCGUGUAAAGUUUGUUUUGGGAGGGGAGGGAGGUAGCAAGACUGAACUAGUUUCUUCUAGUUAUCCUGUGGCUGAACCAUCGUCAUCAUAUACUACACAUUCUACAGAUGUUACUAGUAAGAAUUUGCCUAAAUUUGGCCCAGAGUCUAUCAUUAUGCCUUCGUCUUCACCUAGUCAUCAGUUGCAGAAAGCUCCGGUUAAUAUGGGUGGGGCCGAGCUAUUACCUAAAAAUGACAUUUCGCAACAGCUUCUGAAUCUACUAAGUAGGUGCAGGGAUGUGGUAAAUAACCUGACGGGGGCGUUAGGCUAUGUGCCAUACCAUUCUCUUUAAGAAAAUCAACAUAACUACUGGUGGUGGGUGAGAUGAGUCGCGAAGAGAGCUGGGAUGAUGAAGUGAUCAUUUUUUGACAAGUUGAUAUUCCUAGCUCAUGUAUUUUAUUUAUCUAUCACACCACUUUUAUUUUUAUGUUGCUUUCGUGUAGAAAAUUAUUUAAAUAUAUUAGGGGGAAGAUUCGAUAUGAUAUCUUCUGUUUUAUACUGGAUGUUUGUUAUUGCACAACCAAGACCAAUGAAACGCAUUUUAGCAUGCCUGCAAUAAUUCAAUAUGGCCUUUUUGGGUCAAUUUUUUCA